CCAGCUCAGAGAGAGAGGGGCAGAAGCCACGCACGCAACUCGUAAGUGUGCUCGUAAUCCUGUGUCCGCUCGCAAAUCGAUCGUGCGAGCUCAACUUGCGACCCAACUAAAACCCCGAUAGUGCGUAAUAACACUACCCGUUCACCGAAUUCGAGAAAUUCGAGAAACUCCCGUUUUCGUUCGGCGAGUGUGGGAACGGAUAAAGACGUCAAGAUGAGCAAGCGACUGGAAACCGUGGCCACGAUGACCUGCAUGAAGACUCUGCUGAUGCUCUUCAAUUUCAGCUUCUGGGUAUCCGGGAUAUUAAUGCUGUGUAUCGGUAUAUGGAUGCGCAUCCAGUUGCGAGAGUACAUGAACAUGAGUAUGGAGGGCAGCGGGACUGCUUUGUUAGCACUCGCGUGCUUGGGAGCGGUGCUGGCGGUCGCGGCAGUUCUCGCCUGUUGCUGCACCGCACGCGGUCAUCCCGCACUGUUAUAUCUGUAUGGCGCAUUCUUGGCUGUUGUGGCGUUGUUGGAACUUGCCGCGGGCGCGUCGGUUUACGCUUAUCGCACGUGCUUGAACGAGGGAUUCGAUCAAAGUCUGAACGCGAGCAUGGCAGCCUACGAUCAGGACAAAUCCAUCAGCAAUCACAUCGACUUUAUGCAAGAGACGCUACAAUGUUGCGGCAAUCGCGGAUAUGCCGAUUGGUUCAAUCUUUAUCCACCAAAGAACGUUCCCUUCUCCUGCUGCAAGGUGCCCAAGGAUAAAUGCGAUCCGAACGAGGUGGAACAAAUUUAUACCGAGGGAUGCUACAAUCGUGUGUUGGAUUUCAUAAACGGUAACAUCGGUUUGGUAGCCGGCACAGCGAUUGGCAUAGCUUUCUUCCCGCUGGUGGGCGUCUUCCUAGCAUGUUGCCUGGCCAGCAACAUCAACAAGGCCGAGUACGAGCAGGUUGCUUAGGCACAGCAUUCGCGGAAGCAUCAGCGACGAUCUUAUCCGAAAACAGAACCGCAUCACUUUCGCAACAAAUAUCCAUGAGUUUAACACACGAUGACGAAAAUGACGAUGAUUUCGAUCGAGGCAAGUUGAGCGCGGUGUUUACCGAAGGCUUCCGUGUAAAAAGAAAAAACAACAAGAAAAAAAAGGUUGAGAUGAUUUUCAACACCCAAGGUACGAAAUUGUACACAAAAUGAAUCCAUACACGUGAAGUACAGAUAUACAAUGUGUUUUGGUGCGCCAUAGGUAAUUUCAGCCUUUAUUUAUUAAACGACCUAUAGGAAGUUUUUUUGUUCUCGCUUCAGAAAUUAGAUCGCACGAGCGAGCAAUUAGUUCUUCCAACUAUUUUCCGAUCCAAUGUACAAAAAGAAGGUGUUUUCAAAUAUACUUUCGUAUAUUUUUACACACGAAGAAAGAAACAAAAAAGGAGCACGAUUGAAACUAUGUAAUUUGCGCACAGAUUCUUUUUUCGAUGUGUGCGUAAUAGGCUAAUUAUUUAACGCGUUUUUUCGAAGCGAAGCUUCCGCGCUUCGGUUUCGAGUUAACAGACGGAAGAAAGCGUUUGAGAAAGCGAGAACUAUCGAAGUGGAGAUUAAUGUGUAUUCUUAUUGAAUUUGUUUAAAAACUUUUCUUCAAACUCCUCGUAGAGACUAUACGAUAGCUUAGGAAGAAACAUUUCCAUUCUUGGAAAGAGAACAGAUGACGAUCGCGUUAUAUUUUUUGCAGAAGAAGAAAGUUGAUGGUGUUGCAAAACACUACACAAGAUCAGUAUUUUUAUAGGCUGACAAUUCACCCGCGCAAUGUGAUUUUACCUUCAAGAAACCGAAAGAAAAAAAAAAAAAACGUUUUCUCGUCGAUCCUUGUAGAAUUUCAUCUCGCAAACCUCUAGAGUCUCUAUAUAUAUAUAUAUUUUUAAAUCUUUCCUCUCUUUAUUAAAUAUCGUCUUAUUUGAGCAAUCUCUAUUCUUCGAUCUUUCAGUCCGCAAACUCGCGGGCGCAUCCCGUAUUUCACAGAUAUGUGUAUUUUUCAUCUUCAAACAUUUCACCACAAUCUAAUGCACAUUCAACGUUUAAGCUGUAACUGUUUUUUUUCACGUAUCACUUCCAUCCAAUUGACAUUGAAACAAACCCACACAGAACAAAAAUUCCAUUAGACGUCUAUUAGACAUCAACAGCUCCAUGCGACAUCUAAUAAAUGUCUAAUGGAUGUCUGGAUGGAUGGAUAUCUGUGUGGGAGAGAAGUUUAACGUUAGAUAAUCAAUUAUAGCAGGUAGCAUUAAAUAUAAAAAAUAAAUAUAAAAAAUCUAUUUCACGUUAUUACUAUACAAAAUAGUUAUAUAUACUAUAUAUAUAUAUAUAUUGUUGCGAGACCGCCCGGUAUGCACAGCCGCGUCGUUCGAAUGGCAAAAAAAA